AAAGACCAAAUUGACCAGCUGAACAUUAGACAAUGAAUUCUUGGAGUUAUACAACGGUGUAUUUUGCUAUUUUUAUCAGAAUUCAUCUUUUUCAUAUUAAUCCAAUUAGCAUCCUGUUUACCAAUACCUUGUUUUUUAAUUUGCAGCUUUCUUCUAAAAGCUUGGGGGACUUUCACAACUCGAUCUGUCCUCCCUCAUUACUGCCAAAUAAUUAGUCAAGGAGCCAUCCCUGAUCAAAAAUUAAGAACCCAGAAGCAAGUUGGAGCACGCCUCGCUCCAGAAAAAAACAUGACAGGAGACUCUUGUAAUUAUGAGGGGACUGGUUGGUAGUCAUGAUGGCAGCCGGCAAAGACUGUGAUAACAGGAAGGAGAGACCUGCACUGAAUCGUGAGCGUGGCCGAUCACAGCUCAUUAACUAGCUCGGAGUUUGCAUCUCCUGUUUAACUGACAAUGACCGCAGAGUCUUUCUUCUGUAAUUUGGGGGCUGACUCCACCCUGCAUUGUGCAUGGUGCAAAUUGCGAGGACCACAAAGAGAGGAUGGUGAGUUGCCUUGCCCACUGAAUCGUGCACCUUAUCUGGGUCAUUGGAUUCACAGGAAUCACCUGCCUCUGAAGAGGGAGCACAUCUUCCCUUUGUAGCCUGACCGAAUCUGGCAAGGGUGGCUGGAUUUUCUACAGAAGAGAGACCCCCCUCUGUGGCCCAGCCGAGGCCUCUCACAGACUCUACAACCCCUGCCCCCCAACCAUCUCACAGUCAGGAAGGACCCACACUGGAGCAAGGCUGCUCCCCUGUCCCCCCACAACCAGCAGGCCACGGUCAGGCGGGUGGGCACCACCCAGGUGGACCCGGAGGCUAGGAGGCUGUGGAAGAGAAAGCUGCAGGUCUGGCUCACGUGUUCGGGCUGGUGGAGAAAAUGGAGCCAGGAAGUCAUUGCUAAGAUCACAGGAAAUGAUGCAGUACGGGCGAGUGGGAGCUUCCCUGCCUUCUCCAAAGGACCCAGUGAAACACGGCACCUCUCCUGCAGGAGGGGCAGCCUGCCCCCUCAGCCCAGCCUUCCCCAGGUGCCACCCCCAACCCUGCCUGACACCUCAGAGCAGCAGCUUGGUGACAUGAAAGGACCUCCGUGGCUGGCCUUACUCCCUGUGGAUGCCACAGCUGCAGGAUCCUGGGGCCCGAACAGAAGCUGGUGAAGGAAGAAUUCCUGCUCCAGCAGAACAAAACUGCCCUUUGCCCAGAAAUCCUGCAAACUGAAGCUGGACGACUUGAAAUACUCAUCAGCGAGAUUAUCACGAAGCCCAGGGGCGAAGGACCCUCACGCCUGUUGCUGCGCAGGCAGCCCAGACAUCACCAGACACCAAACCGCAGAAGACGCUCGGAGCCCAACAUCUACAAACCUGCCCCGCCACGGCCCCCAUGCUCAGAAACUGGUUUUUAAUCAGCUCCAAUGAUUAGCUUUUUUUUCUUUUGUUUCCAUAGAAAUGCCUCUUCAAAGCAUUAUGGGACAACACACCAACCCAGUUUCUGUACCGUAGAGCUUCUUGGGGAAGUUUCAGACUAGGAAACAAUGAGGCUCAGGACACAUCACCCCAAAAUAUGACUGUAGGAGACCAGAAUAUGCCACCGCUAAAUAUGACUGUAGGGGACCAGAAUACGUCACCCCUAAAUAUGACUGUAGGAGACCAGAAUACGUCACCCCUAAAUAUGACUGUAGGAGACCAGAAUACGUCACCCCAAAAUAUGACUGUAGGAUACCAGAAUACGUCACCCCGAAAUAUGAUUGUAGGAGACCAGAAUACGUCACCCCAAAAUAUGACUGCAGGAGACCAGAAUACGUCACCCCAAAAUAUGACUGCAGGAGAUCAGAAUACGUCACCCCAAAAUAUGUCAUGUUGACAUGUUGAUUACCUUGAGCUAAAAGAAACUGAGAACCAGCCAACAGAAAAAAAGCUCUUCAGCUCCCUAAAAUAAAGUAUAAAACUCUCUUUUCUAAAGAAAAUUGACAUCUGUAAAGGACAUUUUCAUUAAUAAUGGUCUGUGCGCCAGGAAGAGAGCCGCGCCAAGACGCAUUUUCUCACCAUGAGACUGAUAGCUGCACCACGAGGCAGCCUUUAUACCCAGACGUUUCCUCCCUCACCCUCUCCUCGUUCGUCUCUACCGCUCCCCAGAAGCCCAGGCCCCCUUUCCUUUCUGUCGCUGAGGACGGACAUCUGCAGCGCUCCCAUCUGGCUACUGCUGAGUCUCCUGUUUUUAUGGCACUUCUGGGCAUUGGCACAGCCUUAAAACUGUUGUCUCUUGUGAGUCUGUCUUUUGUCAAUUGUUUAUUGGCAGUCUAAGAACCCAGUAGAGAAGAGGGAGGCAACUUUCCCCUCCCCUCUCCACGGCUUGCUCUUUGGGGAACCCGAUUUAAUCUCCAAGGCCCACGGAAUCUUCUGGCCACUGUCCAUCGAGUGUUCCCCUUGUCCCCUCCACGGUCCCUGCUCCAUGAGACCUGCCUUCCGUGCCCUUGCUCUGGCCCCAGCAAGGCCCUUCCUGCCACCUGGUCUCUCCAGGCCUCACUGGAGGCCACCAUUGGGAUGGCGUCUUUUCUCUGUCCAACUCCCUGAGAGGUGCCUCUCCAGACCCUUCGCGUGGACCAAUGCCCCCCCGACCUUCUGUAGCACCCACGGCCAGGUCCAGGGCUGGGGCCCGGGUCUCGCCUCUCCCAGCGGGGCUUCUUGUUCAAUACGUGUCUGGUUUCUCUCCCUAACUGGGGGCUACAUGGCCCAAGCAGUCCCUAGGUAGAGGAGCUGCUGGAGUGUGUGGAACAGUCUGUUUUCCAGGAUGCAGGGGCUGUGGAGGAGGCGCCAGGCGGGAGGUGCUGGGGGAGAGGCAGGCUGCCCAUCCCCGGCUGUGCCCAAACCUAACCUUCAGUGUCCGGGUUCCUGAUCCUCUUCCUGAAAAGAGGGACGUGGCUUAGACCAGGCUUCUUCCCCGUUUGUGCCAUGGCCCCUCUGGCAGCCUGGGGAAUCUCAGACGCCUUGUCCGGGAGAAUGUUUUAAAUACAUGAAGCAAAAUACACAGGAUCACGAGUUACUGAAACAUAGCCACUCUAGUGGGUUGGAUGCAGCCUCCCGGAACGAGCCUCAGAAUGUGAUGUUAUUUGGAAUCAGGGUCUUUGCAGACGCCCCUUAGGUAAGGGUCUCAAGAUAAGAUCAUUCUGGAUUUUCCAGGUAGGCCCCAAAUCCAAGGACAGGUGUCCAUCUAAGGCACAGAAAUGGAGAGACACACAGGGACACAGAGGAGAAGGCCAUGGGGAGAUGUUGGCAGAGACUGGGUGGUGCAUCUGCAUGCCCGGGAACCACAGGAUGGCCGGCAGCCCCCAGACCCUAUGAGGGAGGCAGGAGGCGAGUCCCCACUCAGAGCCUCCGAGGGAACCCGACCCUGCCCACACCUGGCUUCAGAUUUCCUGCCUCCACAACUGUGAGACAACACUCUCUAUUGUUUCCAGCCACUUAAUUUGUGGUCAUUUGUAACAGCAGCCUGAGAAAACUUAAAAAGUGACCCUAAUAUUUAAAAAGCAAAACUGGGAGGUGAUCACAUGUGUGCUUCUUUGUUCAUACAUUAAGUCAUAAGCCUGAGAGCAGAUCUAAUCACCGCCGUAAUUGCAACUGAGCGACAAGCACAAACCACUUUUUAAGACGCUACAGCAAUUACUGGACACCACGAAAAUAUCAGUGGUUCCCACUGGUGAGGUCACAGGUACUGCUAUGACUGUAGUUUGCUGCCUACAUUCAAAACUGGAGGAAAUGCUGAAAUUUGCUUUGAAGUUAAUACAAGGUGCCAUUUUCCCCCAUCCAGGCUCACAGCACCCUGGACUCUCUACCCCCGGCUUAAAUGGUCUGGAAGGGCCCUUCCAGCAUGAAUGUUCCACGGUCCUAGGUGUCUGGGGGCCGUGUCUUGUAUUUGCAGCGGGCCUGAGCCAACGGCAGACCCAGGCAAAGGAUGGUUUGGCAGCCCCAGUCCCAGGUUCGUGGUCAUAGCUGGAGUCCCCAUUCCCAUACUCUGCAGCUGUGUGACCUUGUGCAAGUAGAAUAGCCAGUUGAAGCCUCAGUUUCCUCAUCUGUAAAUGGGCAUAAUUAUAGUAUCUAACUCAACGGGCUAUUGUGGGGAUUACAGGGAAAAAAUGUAAACUUUUUAGCCAAGUACCAGCACACAGCCACCAUGGGCUAAAUAUGAGUUAUUAUAGGAGACAUUAAAAAACAAGAGUUGGGCUGGAUUAUCUUUUUCUUCUUUGGGUCUCUGAUGUGCAGCUUGUCCAGGAAAAGAAAGCACUUUGGAUGAGCGAGUAUUUAGCCUGCAAAGAAAUACUGAGCACAGAGUGGACUGCUAGGGGGCAGGCAGGAAGUCUGUGAACACGUGCAUACGUCUGUCUGAGCCCAUUUCGGUAUAAGCUGUCCUACACUCAAACGCCAAUGAGCAGACGGAUUUUUUUGUUUGUUUGUUUGUUUUGAGACGGAGUCUUGCUCUGUUGCCCAGGCUGGAGUGUAGUGCGCAAUCUCGGCUCACUGAAAGCUCCGCCUCCUGGGUUCACGCCAUUCUCCUGCCUCAGCCUCCUGGGUAGGUGGGACUACAGGCGCCCACCACCACGCCCAACUAAUUUUUCUGUAGUUUUAGUAGAGACGGAGUUUCACUGUGUUAGCCAGGAUGGUCUUGAUCUCCUGACCUCGUGAUCCACCCGCCUCGGCCUCCCAAAGUACUGGGGUUACAGGCGUGAACCACUGCGCCCGGCCAAGCAGAGGGAAUUUUUAGAAUAAAAUACCCUCUGCACGACCCACAGAGAAGGAUUUUUGAGGCAUCCUGUGUAACCCACUUGAGAAGGCAAACUUCUAAGAAAGCCAUUGUAUGUUUCGGUUAUACACAAGUGGAUGUUGCCAGCUACGAGUGUGUUUUGUGUAUUUGUUAAUGAAAUCUGGGCAGAAUAUGGAAGUAUUAAAUACUGGUAGGAGUAAGUGAUCACUCAGCCUACUUACUGGCGAUAAAACAUCACAUUUAGAAAGCUUUCACCACACUCAGAUACAAAUAACAUGGGAAUUCAAAAGAAAAGUAGGCGUUAUUGUCAUUUAGUAACUCAUCUCAGCUUUUUUCUUUUUUGCUUUUAAAGCAAAAUCACGAGGAAAUAACAUACAGAUAUUUUAAAAGGUUGCCUUAGCCCUCCCCACACUGGAAAACAAAGGCAAGCCGCAAAAUGGCAGCUCGUUACAUGAAACACACACCGAAAGUAUUUUUUAUGUCUUUUUUUGAGAUAGAGUCUCACUCUGUUGCCUGGGCUGGAGUGCAGUGGUGUGAUCUCGGCUCCUGUAACCUCUGCAUCCCAAGUUCAAGCGAUUCUCCUGCCUCAGCCUCCUGAGUAGCUGAGACUACAGGCGCCAGACACCACACCCGGCUAAUUUUUGUAUUUUUGCUGGGGACAAGAUUUCGCCAUUUUGCCCAGGCUGGUCUCGAACUCCUGAUCUCAAGUGAUCCACCCGCCUUGGCCUUCCAAAGUGCUGGGAUUACAGGUGUGGACCACUGCGCCCGGCCUUAAAGGAUGUUUUGAAUACUUUUUCUGACUUUUUUGCAAACCCAAGGUUCACCGUGUAUGCGAUGUCACUUUGGUUUGCUCGGAAUUUUAGGGUUAAUAUUGCCGUUGGGCAAGGACAGGGCCUCGUCCAGGUUCUGGAGUGGGUGUGCGGCUCCUCUCUCGGCCCUCAGCCUCUUCUCUUCUCUCCACUUUAGCUGUGCCUUUCACAUGUGCUCAGUGUUAUCAAUCCAUUCUUGGACCUGGGUGGGGCAUGCCCUAUAAAUAAAUACUAAACCAGGCAUCCUUGCUCCAGUGCAUACUUCUGACAGAUGCCAUCAGCUUCCGCCCACGCCUCGGGCAGAUGCCUGCCUCGCUGCCAUCCCUCCUGCCCUGGAGGUAUCUACCAGAUACAAAGGAGCCAGGUCUCUCCCCAGGGCUCCUGGCUCUCCCAGCUCUGGAACAGCACCUGGGACCCGAAGCCAUCAUGUGUGGGGACACCAAGUGGGUGCCAGGCACUCUCCCAAGCCCUUCGGAUGGCACCUCACUGACUAUUCUCCAAGCCUCUGAGGCAGGAACUAUUAUUACCCUACUCUGCAGAUGGGUAACCUGAGGCUCCAAGUGGUUAAAAGACUUGCUGGAGUAAAUGGGGAAGAGGAGAUUUGAACCCCAGCAUUCUGACUUCCACACUACCCCAUUAACCACUGUGCCAGACCAGCUUCUCCAUGUGACUGGCCUUCGGGAUUUGGAGACAGCUACCUGUUCGCUGUAGCUUUCACGAAAAGGACUGCAAGGCAGGGCUCACAUCCUUGGCCAUUCUCGGGUGGCUGUGGCGCAUAGACAAGCCCCGCUCAGGUCCGCCUUCUGCUCACUCCAGGCAACCUCUGACUGACAAUAGGCAGCUGCCACACUGCAGCCUCUGGCACCAACUUUUUAUCUUAUUUUAUCUUAUUUUUUGAGAAAGAGUCUUGCUCUGUUGCCCAGGCUGGAGUGCAGUGGCAUAUCAGCUCGCUGCAACCUCUCCAUCCCAGGUUCAAGCAAUUCUUGUGCGUCAGCCUCCCAAGUAGCUGGGAGUACAGGUGCCUGCCACCAUGCCCAGCUAAUUUUUGUAUUUUAAGUAGAGACUGGGUCUCACCAUGUUGGCCAGGCUGGUCUCGAACUCCUGACCUCAGGUGAUCCACCCACCUCGGCCUCCCAAAGGUUGUGAGGGAUGACAGGCGUGAGCUACUGUGCCCAGCCAACUUUUUAUCUUAUUUUAAAAACUACAUACGUAAUGCAUACAUUCAUAUAUGGCAACAUUUCAAACACCAUGUCCUGUUCUUAAUCCAACGCUUUUUAAUCUUUUCCCGAAUAAAUCCAAAGAGGGGUGGCUCAGCGCUCAGUAAGUGCCAGAGGCCACGCGCUUCGUUUACUCCUCCCCGAGAGCUAAGACUGAACAAAUAAACAGCAACGACAGCAACAAAAAACAAAACAACAAAAACCAAAGCAUUGUGUUAAUGAGCCUGAACCAUUUCCAAAUGUCCAGACGGUGGAUAAACAGAUGGCAGUAUCUUUGGAAGCAAAUGACCUCUGGUCAGAAGUUUGGGGUGCAUUGCUUUUCCCUGCACCCUUGUUGGUUGAAGAUCGUCUACCUGUCCCCUGUUUAUGUAGCAGACGUGUGCAUACUACGUGGGCUUAUCUCCUAGUGUCCAGACCAAAAUACAAGCUGAGCAAAGGUAAUCAUCGCUCCCCGAGUCCAAGUCCCGGGAAAGGCAGGGGCUGCAGGAGGAGGCGGCCCAGGAGCUAAGGGGGCGUGAGGUGUCUCCCUCCAGGCCAGCCCGGGCCAUUUCUUCCCGGGCUUUCUCUACCUGGGACCGCUCCGGAGACAGGCCAGGAGCCCUUGACAGACAAACUCAGAGCCACAGAGAGCUCUCCCUCGGGAAACCAUCGAAACCGCUUAGUAACCAACUCCAUGGGUCAAGGCCCCCGCCCAGAUCCUUCUCCCUGUCCGGGGGAGGGCCUGGCUCUGGCUCCUCGGGGGAGCUGAGGCCUCGGGAUUGGCACAGCCCUGCAGGUCGGAGGGAGCGCGCGGGCGGGGAGGAGCUUGCUGGCGAUUUCCACCUGCACCCGCGCCCCGCACCCCGGCCUCUUCCCGGGGUUACCCUCCCAACGGCCCUGGGAGCCCGGGGUGGAGAGGGGACAGCAGGAGGAGGGCCCUCCCGGAACCCCUGCGGGGCUGUCUUUGGCGCCAAAGCCUGCCGGUGCUGAGGGCAGGACCCCCGUCUCCUCGCAGGCUCGACUCUGGCCGCUCCAGCCUCUUGCGAGCGCCAAGUCCCAGGGGCCGAUCCAACUCCGAGGGAGCCCCUGUGUCGCCUUGUCCCAGCUCGUCCCCGAUCGCCCUCCCCUCACCUCCCAGUUUCAGAGCUGCGAGCCCAGGUCCCGGACCCGCACGAUUCUUCUACCGGUGCCAGCCCAGAUGCGCGGGGGUGAUGAACGGGCGGUGCCCGCGAUCCACGCGCUCGCUCUGCCCGGUCAGCGGCAAAUUCGUUCUCUCCUUGAUCUCAGUGGCACUGGAGCGUGAGGCAAGGGCCAGGCGGCAGCAGCCCUAGCUGGAGGUGCUCAAAGGCCUCCCGGCCUUUGAGGUAAGGUUCUUGGUCGGAAAUCCCUGGUCGGAAGAAACGUGGGCGUUUCCUUUAAAGUCCGGCGGUACAAGAACUACAAGCCCCACAAUGCCGCGCGGCCGCCGGCGGCGCUGAUAGGCUGAAGUUCACUUCCGCCUCCUGACUUCCGGCCUCGGAGGCCGGCGUCGGCUGUUGCAGACUGCUGCGCGCCCAGGGGUCCCGCGGGUUUUCGGGCGCAGGGUGGCGCCCGCGGCAGGCAGCGGCCAUGAAUUUCUCCGAGGUGUUCAAGCUCUCCAGCUUACUCUGCAAGUUCUCCCCGGACGGCAAGUACCUGGCUUCCUGUGUCCAGUACCGCUUAGUGGUUCGGGAUGUGAACACCCUUCAGAUCCUUCAGCUGUACACGUGCCUAGACCAGAUCCAGCACAUCGAGUGGUCGGCAGACUCGCUCUUUAUCCUGUGCGCCAUGUACAAGCGAGGGCUGGUGCAGGUCUGGUCUUUAGAGCAGCCCGAAUGGCACUGCAAAAUAGACGAGGGCUCAGCCGGGCUGGUGGCCUCGUGCUGGAGCCCCGACGGACGCCACAUUCUCAACACCACGGAAUUCCAUCUGCGGAUAACCGUCUGGUCCUUGUGCACAAAAUCCGUAUCUUACAUCAAAUACCCGAAAGCUUGUCUGCAGGGAAUCACCUUCACCAGGGACGGCCGCUACAUGGCGCUGGCAGAACGGCGCGACUGCAAAGAUUACGUGAGCAUCUUCGUCUGCAGUGAUUGGCAGCUCCUGCGGCAUUUUGAUACGGACACCCAGGAUCUCACAGGGAUUGAGUGGGCCCCAAACGGCUGUGUGCUGGCAGUGUGGGACACCUGCUUGGAGUACAAGAUUCUGCUGUACUCAUUGGACGGUCGGUUGUUGUCCGCAUACAGCGCUUACGAGUGGUCCCUGGGCAUCAAGUCUGUGGCCUGGAGUCCCAGCAGUCAGUUCCUGGCAGUUGGGAGCUACGAUGGAAAGGUGCGCAUCCUUAAUCACGUGACUUGGAAAAUGAUCACGGAGUUUGGGCAUCCCGCAACCAUUAAUAAUCCCAAGAUAGUGGUGUAUAAGGAGGCCGAGAAGAGCCCACAGCUGGGGCUGGGCUGCCUCUCCUUCCCGCCCCCCCGGGCCGGGGCCGGCCCUCUCCCGAGCUCGGAGAGUAAAUAUGAGAUCGCCUCUGUCCCAGUCUCCUUACAGACGCUGAAACCUGUUACUGACAGAGCAAACCCGAAAAUCGGCAUAGGAAUGCUGGCAUUUAGUCCUGACAGCUACUUCCUGGCGACAAGGAACGACAACAUCCCCAAUGCCGUCUGGGUCUGGGACAUUCAGAAGCUGAGGCUGUUCGCGGUGCUCGAGCACCUGUCCCCAGUGCGCGCGUUUCAGUGGGACCCGCAGCAGCCGCGGCUGGCCAUCUGCACGGGAGGCAGCAGGCUCUACCUGUGGUCCCCAGCGGGCUGCGUGUCGGUGCAGGUGCCUGGGGAAGGCGACUUUGCAGUGCUUUCUCUGUGCUGGCAUUUAAGCGGAGACUCGAUGGCCCUCCUCAGUAAGGAUCACUUCUGCCUCUGCUUCCUGGAGACGGAGGCAGCAGUCGGCACAGCCUGCAGACAGCUGGGCGGCCACACGUAGCAGCGGUGCACUAACGUGUGCAGAAACGGGGCUACUCUGUGUGUUUCCAGUGUGGGAAAAAACAGAGCUUCACCAGGAGGUUCUCCAUCUGUGGUGGUCCGGAUUCAGUGGUUAAUUCUAUUUUUCUAUAGCAAAGCAUUUUUUGUAAAUAUGUAUGGUAUAAAACUGUAGUUUUAUUAUUUAAAAUAAAUACUUGCUGAUUCAUA